AAACAACUAAACUUCUCCUUUCAUCAGCGUUCUGAAAUUCGGUAGUGGCCAUAUUCAGCGGUUAAGCCGUUUUAAAGGAAAAAACAACAACUCGUAUUUAGGAAAUUCAGAUUAAAGUAUUUGCCAGGUAAAUGGGAGAAGAUAAAGACAAAGAUUGGGAUAGAGAUAGAAGACGUGAAAGAAGGCGGUCCCGCUCAGGAUCUCGUGGACGAUCUGCUCGGGGGAAGAGAUCUCGUUCUCGAUCACGAGAUAGGAAACGAUCACAUUCAAGAGAUAGACGGAGAAAUGAAGCACGAGUUCCCCGAAGGAGAAAGAAGUCUUUGUACUGGGAUGUUCCAGCUCCUGGAUUCGAACAUAUAUCUACCCAACAGUAUAAAGACAUGCAAAGUUCUGGCCAAAUACCUCCAAGUAUCUAUACAACUCAAGGUCCUGUCAUUGGCACUGUACCUGUAGUAGGAAGCACAGUUACCAGGCAAGCUAGAAGACUUUAUGUGGGCAACAUUCCGUUUGGAUGUUCUGAGGAUGAAAUGAUGGACUUUUUCAAUGCCCAGAUGCAUGUGUGUGGAUUCUCUCAGGCUCAAGGGAAUCCAAUUUUGGCAUGCCAGAUAAAUCUCGACAAAAAUUUUGCUUUUCUUGAAUUUAGGUCCAUAGAUGAAACAACCCAGGCUAUGGCAUUUGAUGGGAUUAAUUUCAAGGGUCAGAGUCUAAAAAUUCGCCGACCUCAUGAUUACCAACCUGUACCAGGAAUGUCUGAAAUACCAAAUUCAGCUGUCCCAGGUGUUAUUUCUACAGUUGUUCAAGAUUCUCCUAAUAAAGUGUUUAUUGGUGGAUUACCUAACUUUUUAAAUGAAGAUCAGGUCAAAGAUUUCCUUUUAUCAUUUGGACAAUUAAAAGCCUUUAAUCUUGUUAAGGACACAGCUACAGGCCUUUCGAAAGGCUAUGCAUUUUGUGAAUAUGUUGAUACUAUCAGUACUGAUCAGGCUAUACAAGGGUUAAAUGGAAUGCAGUUGAGUGACAAACGUCUUAUAGUUCAAAGGGCUAGUGUAGGUGCUAAAAAUGUGCAAACAAAUGUUCCAGUUCAAGUACAAGUACCAGGUUUGCAGGUUGCACAAGGCCCUGGACCAGCUACUGAAAUCUUAUGCCUCAUGAAUAUGGUUGUUCCGGAAGAAUUAAUGGAUGAAGAAGAAUAUGAAGAUAUUUUGGAAGAUAUUCGUGAAGAGUGUACCAAGUAUGGUACAGUAAAAAGUAUUGAAAUUCCCAGACCUAUUGAAGGAGUAGAUGUUCCUGGCUGUGGAAAGGUGUUUGUUGAAUUUAAUUCAAUAAUUGAUUGUCAGAAAGCUCAGCAAUCUUUGACUGGUAGAAAGUUUGCCAACAGAGUAGUGGUGACAUCAUACUUCGAUCCUGAUCGAUAUCACCGAAGAGAUUUCGGCAUGUCUGUUUGUUAAUAUAAGCUAGAACUUGUCUUCGUAACAGAUGUUUCCAAGGCAUUUUACAUUGCGUUCAAAUCUAGCUUCAUUAUCAUGUAUCAUUUUUUAGCUAACUUCAUAGAGAAAAUAGAGAGGAGAAGUUAUUCCCUAAAUGAUGUGCAAAAAUUUUGCAUUAUUCUGCUACAGGUACAAUAUACAUUGCCAUCCAGGGAAAAAGAAGAAUUUGGGUUUUUAUCUGUAUUUUAUUUCCAUUUUGUACAUUAAUCAGCACAUAAUUAACAUUUCCUUUCUCUCCCCUUCCUUCCCACAAUAGCACUCAAAAUAAGUAAAUCAUUCUCUUUGAAAAGUAAUGUAAUGAUCUAAUUUGUUCAGUUACUUUUUUUUUUUUCCAAUAAAUAUAUUUCUAGUGGUUACUUUAAAUGCUGCUAUAUUCACAUGCUGCAUAAAAUUUAAACCUAUGUUUUGGUUGUUAAAUUUUUUCAUGUCUAAACUACAUGAAUUUCAUGCAUUGUACAUCUGUAUUGUAACUGUGUUAUCAUAUUAUAUUCAUUUCCUAGGAAUGUAAUGCGUAUAUGCAGAAAAAUAAAAUGUCCAUUCUGAAAUGUAGAGCUCGUUAUUGUUUUAAAAAUAGCAACUGAAAAUAAUUUCUGUAACUUCCUUUUUUAAAAAAAUAACUUUCAUGAAACAUAUUUUUACCCCAGACUACCUAUUAGUCUCGAAAUGAGACUGUGCAUUGUCCACUGUAAAUGGCUACGUCACUUUUGAAAUUGCUACCACAAAUGUUAUCACCCUGUAUUAUUUUUAAAGAAAUUAAAAUAAUGAAGAAUCUGCAUGUAUGUAUGUUCCUCUGUGACAAAAUAGUGUCUGAUAAAAUCUGAUACCUGAAGGCAUCAGAUUUUAAAAAUUGUAGUCCUUCACCUUGAACAUGUGCACCUACGAGCCUGAAUUUUUAAUUUUGUAUUUCAUAUUUUCUAAAACUUUGAUGAAUUUUUUAACAAACUCAGCUCUUUGAAAGUGGGCAAUGGUAACGCUGUAUGGAAUAAAACUGCUAUCUGCAGUGAAUGAGAAUGUAUAUUUGAAAUUCCAAAGAUAUGCUAUUUAAAUUUUAUUAAAUUUUGAUGUUGAAUUGAAUUUUAUCUAGCCUAAGCACCAAAAUCAUUAUAUUUAGUAAAUAAACACACAGAACAAUAAUAAAAGGACAAUAAUAAGUUUUAUGAAACCAUCUUAGUAAGGAAACUGAAGAUUGAUUUAAUGAACUGCUAUCUGCAGUGAACAAGAAUGUAUAUUUGAAAUUCCAUCAAAAGAUAUGCUAUUUAAAAUUUUUUUAAUUUUGAUGUUGAAUUGAAUUUUAUCUAGCCUAAGUACCAAAAUCAUGAUAUUUAGUAAAUAAACACACAGAACAAUAAUAAAAGGACAAGAAUAAGUUUUAUGAAACCAUCUUAGUAGGGGAACUGAAGAUUGAUUUAAUGAACUGAGAAUAGACAGGAAAAUGCCAUGCCAACCCUUAACAUCGGAAAUUCUAAACAUAUGCUGCUGUUAAAAGUUUUGUAAAUUUUCUGUUGAAUUGUAUAUGUUGUGUGAAGAAAAUGAUGCUUAAUAAUAUAGUUGAAAAGACUAAAGGAAAUGUGAUAGCAGAAGUUAGUGUAACAGCAGCAGACUGGUAGGCCGUGAGCUCGGCAAGAGCAUAAAAAACCUUAAUAAAUCCUUUUGAGCAAUGAUUAAAAUUCCUUUUGGAAAUUUGUGUGUGUGUGCAUGCAUCUGAACUGAAUCAUGUACAAAAUAGUAUGUGUGCAUGAACUGAAAUUAAAAUUCUAAUGUAAUUUUACUAAAUUGUUUAUGUAUAAAAAAUGGCUCAAUAAAUUUAUUUUGAAAACACAA